GUCAGUAGCCUGCGCAGCAGCACACACUCAGCUGGUCGCUUUCUCCGCCGUUAAAAAAUCUCGCGUUUUGCUAAUCUGCUAUGCGAUCGUAGUGCCGAAGAGAAGCCCCGGCUCUGGAUAACGAGAAUUGCACAAGUUCUAUCUGGAGAAGGCGUGUGAGAAUCGUCAGUGACGUAGAAUCUAACGUGUGUCGUUAACGUUUUGUGUAGCAAAGGUGUUAGUGCUCUGUGGAUCUGAAGAGGAGAUUCUCCACGAGACGGAGCCGUUCAUCUGCCCAGACAUCAACAUUGCACUGGAUUGAGACAAGACGUGAACGCUGAAUGUAUCUGGUCGGGCCAGCGGAGAAGCCUGGGACCCUCACGUACAGCCACCGUCGCAGCUGCUAUUGGAUCCGCAAGCGCGAACGCAAGAGGUCCCGCCCCAGCGCGCAACGCGGCUGCGACGCCGCUUCUUCCCAUGAGCCCGGUCGGCAUUCGCUGCUCAUAAGUUAGGCACAGCCGACCACCGUUUCGGUAAUGCAUUGCUCCGGCCGCUAUGUCUCCGAGCAGAAAUGGUUUAACAAGUGCUUCAGCAGCAGCAGUUCCGUUCCACAGACCUUUAUAAAUUUUCUUAUGUUCGUUUCCGGUAUAGCUCUGUAUCUGAAGUGUGCUGUAGGAAGGCAGUGCCGCCUCCUGGCCCUGAGUGCUAAGGAAAUUACCGUGCUCGAGAGAAGUCGUCAUCUAUAGAGGAGAUUCUAGUGUCGCCCCGAGUUAGGUAAUACAGUUUAUCCCCUCCCGCGUGUGCUAGAGUAGGUAGUAGUGUGCUUUUGCUUGUCGCCUGCGACCGCACCGUCUAAUCGCGUCCGAGGGAAGUUUUCGGUGCUGGGGGGCCGGCGCACAGCAGGCCCCUCGACUGCUCCCCGAGGAAUGGAACUGCAAAUGAUUCUGCGUGACGUGAUUAAGAUAAUGGACCUGCCGUUCGCGGACGAGUGCGCCGCAGUUGAAGACACAGGCGAGCUGACGGAAGCGAGUCCGGCAGGAGUGUUGGCCGCGCAGGACGGACUGUCGGUCGACUCGGUGGACCUGCUGCCCUGGACCAACGACGUGCGCCUCGUCACCCUCGGGCCUCCGAAGAAGAAGCGACGCGCCGCCGACGACGAAGGCCGCACGGCCGCCAAGAAGAUCCUCACUGAGCCGGGAACGGGUGGGGGAGAGAAGAUGAGUAGCUGGCAAGUGGAGGACAUCGAUGACAACCUAGCAGCCGACUUGGACGGGAGCCUCUCGGGCCUGGGGGUCGACCUCACCACCGGAUCCUACAGCAUGAGCGAGGCCCUGUUGACGCUACCGUCCCUGGCAGUAUGCAAGCAAGAGGCGCCCUCGCCAUCUGGUCCGCACAAUGAGUCGGGAAUUCAAGAAAACACACAAGCACUCAGAAAUGAUGGAGAAAAUAUUGGGGGUGGCACUGCCAAUUCCCAAUUACAUCAGUUGCUUCAACAACAUGGGGCUCCUGCGGCACUCUAUACUGGUUCUCCAAACAGGAUGGACACCACAGCUGUGUCACAUGCCAAUAUUAACCAUAAUGAGGCUUUCCAAUGCCCCAAUAGCCAAAGUUCAACAACAUCUACUCUAGUUGGAGCUGCUCAAGACCUGAACAUUGACUGUCGCUUUCAGUAUGUACUUGCAGCAGCUACAUCAAUUGCCACAAAAGUUAAUGAAGAAACUCUGACAUAUCUGAACCAAGGGCAGUCAUAUGAAAUUAAGCUGAAGAAACUGGGAGAAUUGUCAGCAUAUAGAGGAAAAAUCCUGAAGAGUGUGAUACGGAUAUGUUUUCAUGAACGCCGUUUACAAUACAUGGAACGAGAACAGAUGGCUGCGUGGCAGGCAUCAAGGCCAGGAGAUCGUAUAGUUGAAGUAGAUAUUCCACUAUCAUAUGGAAUUUUUAAAGUGGAGCAAGACAGUACACUGUGCAACACAGUUGAAUUCUUAUGGGACCCUACGAAAGAAGUAGGAGUCUAUAUCAAGGUUAACUGUAUAAGCACUGAAUUUACUCCAAAGAAGCAUGGAGGAGAAAAAGGGGUUCCAUUCCGUAUUCAGGUAGAAACAUACCUACAUAAUGAGGGUAAACUGAAGUGGCUUCAUGCAGCAGCGUGUCAAAUAAAAGUUUUCAAGUUAAAGGGAGCUGACCGUAAACAUAAACAAGAUCGUGAAAAAAUUCUGAAACGUCCACCAGCAGAGCAAGAGAAGUUUCAGCCUUCAUAUGAGUGUACAGUUUUGAAUGAUAUACCAUCAGAUCUGAUCAUGCAUACGUCAAUGUCACCCAUCGUUGGAGGUAGCACCACGAGUGUUUACAGCCCACCAGACAACCAUGGUAAUUCUGGACAUACUGUUGGUACGUCAAAUGGUAGUAAUGUGCCCUCAACUUCAGUCGCUGCAAAAGAAGAAAGGAGUUCACAACCACUGAACACAAUUCCUCCUGUUCCAGUGAUAAACACAGUACUUCCAGAUCAAGGAGCCAUACCUACAGAUGUUCCAGUGUAUCAGGAACCUUUGGCAAGUGAGGCCACUGCACAACAAGCAGCUCAGUGGCUUCAGGCAAACCGGUUUGGAUCUUACCUGCAUACAUUUGCUAAUUUUUCUGGAGCAGAUAUUUUACGCCUAUCAAGAAAUGACCUGAUACAAAUUUGUGGUGUGCCUGAUGGCAUUAGAUUGUUCAAUGCUCUUCAUUCAAAAUCCAUUGCACCCUGCCUGACAGUGUAUCUCUGUGUGGGCCAGAACACAGUUUAUCAUGCUUUGUAUCUUGAUAAUUUUUCGUGUGGUGAGAUGGCCCAGAAAUUAGCAACUAUGCUUGGAGUAUCUGGUGAUCAGAUUCAUGACUUGUAUAUGCAGGGUCCUAAUGGUAUUCAUAUCCAGAUGACAGAUGAAGUUAUCCGAAAUCUGAAAGAUGAAGCCCUUUUCAAUAUUGAAAUAUUGCAUGAUCAAAAUGGGGCAAGAUAUCGACUGCUAUUGAAACCAUCUCAGUCUCAAUGAGAUGCCGAUGUGAGAUUUCCUCUUUUAUAUUUUGUACGUCAUAAUCAGUGGUGUCUCAUUAAAAGUGAAACUUGUGCCUUCUGAACUGUUUCUCAUGAGGUUGCCUUCAGUAUUGACAGAGUGACUAAGAAUUGUUAUGGUGGUUUUUUACCAGCUGUUUUCUAUGCCGUGUUGUAAGGCUUCAGAUUUUUAUAUCUUCGUUGCCAUAUUGCACAUGCCAUAAGAUAUAUUUAUUAGUACUAAUUACUGACUUUGACAGUAUCAUUGAAUAUGGUCUCCCUUUUUAGAGGCUGCAUAUUUUUUUAAGGAGAAUAUGUGAUCAUAUUACUCCAAAAAUUACACGAGCUUUGUUUCUAUCUUCUUGAAAAAUUUCAUGAAAGAUACGAGCAAACGUGUUACCACUUCAUUACCUUUAUAGCUGGGUGGUGCUUCCCAGCUUCAAAAAGUGCCUGUACACACAAGUAUUGUAGAAUUUAUUAGUUUAUGUGCCUUUGUGUAGUAAAGUAAUCAUUAACAUUUAACAAGUUUUUCAUUGUACUGAAAGACAUUUUAUUCCUUUCUAUUUUUAUGUAAUGUUAAAUCAAUCUGGUGUUGACUAGUGUCAUACAGAUUGUAAAUUGAGUCAUAAUCACCUGUCAUCUUUAGCAUGUGUGCUGUUGUUUGGAAAGCACAAAAAUAUUUUAUUUCAUGAUCGUCUCCUCAAAAGCUGUACCUCUGGAAGGCGCUUUUGCAUGGAGUGCGAUUUCUUGAAUUUAUUCUCAGAAAAAGAUUUAUGUGGUUACUUCCUGAUAAAAUCCAAUGUAAACUUACAGUGUUUGGUAUCUUAGUUAAAGUUUCUCUAGUUAGUAAAAUUUAGUUUUUUUGUUAAGCAUAUUAUGCACCAAAAACAGUGAGCAAAAUUACUAAAAACUGUUCAUUAUAGUUCAUUUUUAAGUAAAAGUGUUACUUUUUUUUUUUAAUAUCAGUUUUGGUUGACUUUUCGAUAUUGAGGUGUGCAUUGUUGUAGCUGUUUAUUACUUUUACAGCUUAAGUCAUUUAAGUGUUGAUGCUUAUUAUUUUAUGUGAAAAUGUUUCUACAUUAGACUCUGUGUAGAAUACAUAGUUACAGAAUAUAGUCGUAACGUAGCUCGUUACUACAAAUGGGAAUUUUGGAGGAAAGUCCUUCAUUUCAUUUCAGUACUGGGGGGGGGGGGGGGGGGGGGGCAGGGGCAGUAUUUUUAGACUUCCAUUCCCUUCUAAAGGUUGCAUUAUCUUCAUUUGCAUCUUUAGCUACAAAUAUUGUAUUCUGUCAAUUCAUUUUCAAAUUUCAUUGUGAAACUUUCAUUCUUUAGUGUAUAAUGUAUUGUCUGAAAAUGUAUGUUUUCUUAUACUGAAAUAUCAGAAUUUAGCAUUAUUAUUGAAGGGAUAUGUAGCUAUGUAAAUUAUAACAUGACAGUUUUUGUACCAGUGUGCCAGCCUUCUGUGAGUCAGCUGGUGAUGUACAAGUAUGUACAGUGACUGGAUGACGGUUCUGACUGUGUCAGGUGGUAUAUUAAAAAGUAACCUGUCUCUCUCAUCCAGAAAUUGUGCAUGACUCCCUGUUAUCCAUUUACUGCCAUAAACUAUCAUUUUCGUAAGAGUCACUGGAUGUUUCCAGUAAUUGUCUGUAUCAGCGUUUGACCCUCUGCUGUAAAAUAAUGCGUUUCAUAUCUGAGUAGUAAAAACAGGGAUUUGACUUUUUUUUAGCACAGUAGCAUUUAUAUACUUCAAAAAUAUAUGGUGGUAUUGAAAAUAUAUUUUAUUGUAAUUUGAAGUUUCCUAGUGCUUUCCUAAUGGAAUUUUUGCAUGCAAAUGAUCUUGCUGGACAACAAUUAUGCAUAUAUUGAAUUUGGUACUCUUUAUUUACAAAUUAUUUCCACAAUUUUGUUUUCAAUUGUACAAUAAAGAAAGAAAUACAUAAAUUUUAACUGAA